AUGGAGAGAUCCGUGGUGAAAGCAAAGCGGAAAGAGCUAGGGAUAUCAUGCAUGCUUAACACAGAGGUUGGUGCAGUCCUUGCUGUGAUACGUAGACCCAUCUCAGAAAGUUACCUUUCUCCCCAAGAAACAGACCAUUGUGAUUCAUCAGUCCAACAAUCUCUCAAAUCUUUGAGAGCUCUUAUCUUCAACCCUCAGCAAGAAUGGCGCACCAUAGAUCCUUCGGUUUACCUCUCUCCUUUCCUUGAAGUCAUUCAAAGCGACGAGAUCCCUGCAAGUGCCACAGCGGUGGCCCUGUCUUCAAUCUUGAAGAUUCUUAAGAUUGAAAUCUUUGAUGAGAAAAGUCCUGGUGCUAGAGAUGCUAUGAACUCUAUUGUCUCCGGGAUCACUAGUUGUCGUCUUGAGAAGACAGAUUCGAUAUCUGAAGAUGCAGUGAUGAUGAGGAUCCUUCAGGUUUUGACCGGAGUCAUGAAACAUCCAGCCUCGGAGUUACUAGAAGACCAAGCGGUUUGCACAAUCGUCAACACAUGUUUCCAAGUGGUGCAACAAUCUGCUGGUAGAGGAGAUCUUCUCCAACGUAAUGGACGUUACACAAUGCACGAACUGAUUCAAAUCAUCUUCUCUAGGUUACCUGACUUUGACGUUAGAGGAGAAGAAGGUGGUGAAGAUUCAGAGUCUGACACCGACGAAAUCGACAUGAGCAGCGGAUAUGGAAUACGUUGUUGCAUCGACAUUUUUCAUUUCUUAUGUUCUUUGCUCAAUGUUGUUGAGGUUGUCGAGAACUCGGAAGGGACAAGUGUCCACACCGCAGACGAGGAUGUGCAGAUUUUCGCUUUGGUCUUAAUCAACAGCGCCAUUGAGUUAAGUGGUGAUGCUAUAGGGCAACAUCCAAAGCUUCUUAGAAUGGUUCAAGACGAUCUGUUUCAUCAUUUGAUCCAUUAUGGAGCUUCUUCAAGCCCUCUUGUGCUCUCUAUGAUCUCUAGUUGUAUACUUAACAUCUAUCACUUCCUCCGCAAGUUUGUGAGGCUACAACUUGAAGCUUUCUUCUCCUUUGUGUUGCUAAAAGUUACAGCUUUCACAGGCUUCCUUCAGUUACAAGAAGUGGCUCUUGAAGGACUAAUCAAUUUUUGUAGACAACCUGCCUUCAUAGUUGAAGCAUAUGUGAACUAUGAUUGUGAUCCAAUAUGUAGGAAUGUUUUUGAAGAGACAGGAAAAGUUCUAUGCAGACAUACUUUCCCUACAUCUGGUCCUUUAACCUCAAUGCAAAUCCAAGCCUUUGAAGGUCUUGUGAUCUUGAUUCACAACAUAGCAGACAAUAUGGACAGAGAGGAAGAUGAAGGAGAGGAAGAAGACUCCAACACCAUUAAGCCAAGCCCUGUUGAGAUUAAUGAGUACAUACCCUUUUGGAUAGAGAAGCCCAAAGAGGAUUUUGAGACAUGGGUGGAACAUAUAAGAGUAAGGAAAGCACAGAAGAGGAAGCUAGCUAUAGCUGCUAACCAUUUCAACAGAGAUGAAAAGAAGGGUUUGGAGUAUUUGAAAUAUAACCACUUAGUCUCAGACCCUCCUGAUCCAAUGGCAUUAGCUUCUUUCUUCAGAUUCACACCAGGUUUGGAUAAGACAAUGAUUGGAGAUUACCUUGGAGAUCCUGAUGAGUUACAUCUCAGUGUUCUCAAAAGCUUUACACAUACAUUUGAGUUCAUAGGCAUGAAUCUUGACACCGCUUUAAGAACAUUCUUGGAAUCUUUCCGGUUACCAGGAGAGUCUCAAAAGAUUGAACGUAUGAUUGAAGCUUUCUCUGAGAGAUUCUAUGAUCAACAGUCAUCAGAGAUCUUUGCAAGUAAAGAUACUGUUCAUAUUCUAUGCUACUCACUUAUCAUGCUCAACACAGAUCAGCACAACCCUCAGGUUAAGAAGAAAAUGAAUGAAGAUGAGUUUAUCCGCAACAACAGAGCCAUCAAUGCUGGAAAAGAUCUUCCAAGAGAGUAUCUCUCAGAGCUGUUCCAAUCCAUUUCAACAAACGCAUUCGCCUUAUCGACACAUUCAGGUCCAGUGGAGAUGAACCCUAACAGAUGGAUUGAGCUGAUGAACAGAACAAAGACUACACAACCUUUGAGUAUGUGUCAGUUCGAUAGGAGAAUAGGAAGAGACAUGUUUGCAACCAUCGCAGGUCCAUCUAUAGCUGCUGUUUCGGCCUUCUUUGAGCAUUCAGAUGAUGACGAAGUGCUUCAUGAGUGUGUUGACGCUUUGAUCUCUAUAGCAAGAGUUGCACAGUACGGUCUUGAAGACAUUCUUGAUGAACUAAUCGCUUCUUUUUGCAAAUUCACAACGUUGCUAAACCCUUACACCACACCUGAAGAGACUUUGUUUGCGUUUAGUCAUGAUAUGAAACCUAGAAUGGCUACUCUUGCGGUUUUCACGCUUGCUAACAACUUUGGAGAUUCCAUUAGAGGAGGGUGGAGGAACAUUGUGGAUUGUUUACUGAAGCUAAGAAAGCUUCAGCUUCUUCCGCAGUCUGCGAUCGAGUUUGAGACAACGGAUGAAGAAACGUUAUCAGAAACUGACCUAAACAUGCUUGCGAGCCAAGAAAAUAAAUUCAACAGAAGACAAGGGUCUAGCCUAAUGGGUAGAUUCUCACACUUUUUAGCGUUAGACAGCGUUGAAGAAUCUGUAGCUCUUGGGAUGAGUGAGUUUGAGCAGAAUCUUAAAGUCAUAAAACAAUGCAGAAUAGGUCAAAUAUUCAGCAAAAGCUCAGUGUUACCUGAUGUGGCUGUCUUAAACCUAGGCCGUUCUUUAAUCUACGCAGCUGCUGGGAAAGGACAAAAGUUCAGCACAGCUAUAGAGGAAGAAGAGACUGUAAAAUUCUGUUGGGACUUGAUCAUAGCUGUGGCCUUAUCCAACAUCCACAGGUUCAGCAUGUUCUGGCCUAGCUACCAUGAGUAUCUACUCAACGUAGCAAACUUCCCUCUCUUCUCACCUAUUCCCUUUGUGGAAAAAGGCAUCCCUGGUUUGUUUAAAGUCUGCAUUAAGAUUCUUGCCUCUAACCUCCAAGACCAGUUACCAGAGGAGCUGAUUUUCAGAUCCAUAACAAUCAUGUGGAAGAUAGAUAAAGAGAUUAUAGACACAUGUUAUGACACAAUAACAGAAUUUGUCAGCAAGAUUAUUACAGAACACUCAGCUAGUCUCCAAACUCAGAUCGGUUGGAAAAGCGUUUUGCAGCUUCUCUCUUUAUGUGGGAGACAUCCUGAAACUAAAGAGUUAGCUGUAGAUGCUCUCAUCGGUCUUAUGUCCACUAACGCAUCACAUCUCUCCCAGUCAACCUACGCUUACUGCAUAGACUGCUCCUUCAGCUUCGUCGCGUUGAGAAACAGUGCUGUGGAGAAGAACUUAACGAUACUAGACCUCAUGACAGAUUCAGUUACAAUGCUGAUACAAUGGUACAAAACCGCUUCAACAGAGACAGUAAACAACUUCAGCGUCGCAAGCAACACAAGCAGCUCAUCAUCAGUGGACGAGAACAGUUUGAGAGGAGUCAACUUCGUUCACCACCUCUUCCUCAAACUCUCCGAAGCUUUUAGAAAAACAACACUAGCACGACGCGAGGAGAUACGCAACAGAGCAGUGACAUCACUAGAGAGAAGCUUCAUCAUGGCGCACGAGGAUCUUGGAUUCACACCAUCAGGUUGCAUCUACUGUAUAGACCACGUUGUGUUUCCAACGAUAGAUGACUUGCAUGAGAAGUUAUUGGACUAUUCGAGGCGUGAGAACGCGGAGAGAGAGAUGAGGAGCAUGGAAGGGACGUUGAAGAUAGCGAUGAAGAUGCUUAAGAACGUGUUUUUGCAUUACUUGGAGCAGAUUGUUGGGAGUGCUGAGUUUAGGACGUUUUGGUUAGGGGUUUUGAGGAGGAUGGACACGUGUAUGAAGGCGGAUUUGGGUGAGUAUGGGGAUAAUAAGCUUCAAGAAGUGGUGCCUGAGCUUUUGACUAUAAUGAUUGGGACGAUGAAGGAGAAGGAGAUUUUGGUGCAGAAGGAGGAUGAUGAUCUUUGGGAGAUUACUUAUAUUCAGAUUCAGUGGAUUGCUCCUUCUCUUAAAGAUGAGCUAUUCCCUGAUGAAGAUAUGUAG